CGGAGGGAGACGUCAUUGCAGGGUUGUUUGUGCAGUCUCGGCGGCGGCGGCGACCCACAGUGAUUCGGCCGCUGCGCCGGGGGGUGGGGGGGCUGAACGGGACUCUUUUCUUUCAGACUGACCGCGGGGCAGCUGCGGAGCAUGUCGACCCCGGCCCGUAGGAGGCUCAUGCGGGAUUUCAAGCGAUUGCAAGAGGACCCACCUGUGGGGGUCAGUGGUGCACCAUCUGAAAACAACAUCAUGCAGUGGAACGCAGUUAUAUUUGGACCAGAAGGGACACCCUUUGAAGAUGGUACUUUUAAACUAGUAAUAGAAUUUUCUGAAGAAUAUCCAAAUAAACCACCAACCGUUAGGUUUUUAUCCAAAAUGUUUCAUCCAAAUGUGUAUGCUGAUGGUAGCAUAUGUUUAGAUAUCCUGCAGAAUCGAUGGAGUCCCACGUAUGAUAGAGCUUAG